AUGAGAAGUGUUUAUGAGGAGACGCGUCUAGUACUCCUCAUCAAGGGCAAACGCACCAAACGUCAGCGAUCCGCGUCUCCUCUUGUGAACGCAGAAGCAGUCUCCGGCGUUUGCAGCGGUGAACGAUCGCUAUUGGAGGCAAGAGAAGAAGAAGAAGCUGGUGAAGUCGAAUUCCAAGGAGCAACAGAUGAAGACGAAGAGAUGGCGAAUUGUCUGAUGAUGUUGUCGCAAGGACAUAAAGCAAAGAGUAGCAUCGAUCAUUUCUCGACGCAGAAAAUGGGUUUCUUGAAUGACAAGAAACCAGUGGCUUCUCUAGGGUUAGAACUAGACGGAAUUUAUCAGUGCAAAACGUGUGAUAAAAGCUUUCAUUCGUUUCAAGCGCUAGGAGGGCACAGGGCUAGCCACAAGAAGCCCAAGCUCGGGUCAAGCGUUUUCAAAUGCGACGAGAAGAAAUCUGCGUCUGCGGUUGAAUCGGUGGAAGGUGGAGUUGUAGGAAGCUUUCUUUCUCUGCAAGUAACUAGCAGUGAUGGUAGCAAGAAACCGGGGAAAACACAUGAAUGUUCGAUCUGCAAGGCCGAGUUUUCUUCAGGACAAGCCUUAGGAGGUCAUAUGAGGAGACAUAGAGGUUUAACUGUAAACGCAAACGCUACUUCAACAAUCAAAUCAACGACAUCACCAAAUUAUCAUCAAGAAACGAUACGGCCAAAGAACUUCUUGGAAUUAGAUCUCAAUCUUCCAGCUCCAGACGAUGAACCGAAAUUCGCGUUUGCGUCCAAAGACCAAAUUCUUCUAUUCGCAGCAGCGUCCAAUUCUUUGAUUGAUUGUCAUCACUAA